AUGAUUAUCAAAACAACCAAGCACGCCUUUGGGGGCUUAAAAUUCAAUUGGAAUAGGAGAUUAUACGUAUGGCGCGCCAGUUUUUACUACAAUGUUGUCUCUGUACUGCUUUCACUCGGCAUAUUGUUCACGUUCACAUUUCACUACUUGUUGAAGAGGUUCUCAUUCUUCGUAAAUUACUCCUGCUCCAGUAAGAGUAUUAGAACAAUGACCCUUUAUAUCUUAAUAGUAAUGAUUAUUACGGGAUGUAUUUUAAUAACUUCAUUGGUAUUGGGGAGGGUUUGUAACAUAUUUUCCAAUUACACACUCACUGAUUUCAUGUCUACAGGGAAGUGGUUGGAUAGGAUUGGGUUUACUGUAAAAUGGUUCCCUUGGCUUAUCGCAUUACUUAUGUUUUUAUGGCUUAUAUUGCUAUGCAUCAGCAUUGCAUGGAUUUUUAUAAACCCCCAUCAUUGGUGCUCUGAUAGAUGGGUCGAUGAGGCUGUUAGCUCAGUUGUGAAUUGUAGACUUAUUUAUUCUACUGAUCCAUCAUGUGUCGUGGAUAGCAUAGACUAUAAUUACAGAAAAGUGAGAGAAUGCAACUCCCCAGACACAUUGGAGAGUAAAUCAUUUCUCCUCUUCGCAAAAAAAACCCCAGAAGAUACCUGUUCUGUCACCAAUCGCACAGUUUGCGAUGCUUACAAAUCGAUAAUUUCUGGAAAAAAAGACAUAGACUGGACUCACAGGGAUUUAAUUGGCUGUGCUGGAUCCUCGGCUAAAAGGGUGGAAGAUUAUAUGGACUUUGAAAAUAGUAGUGAUCUCUACAAAUAUACACAAUUAUUUGCUAUAAUCGGUUCAGUUGUAUAUGCUAUAAUUGUGGGGUUUUUCAUCUUUUUAAAAAAUGUUACAGAAUUUGACGCCAUGUUUUACCAGCCAAAAGACCCGAAUGAGUCUCUGUUUUUUAAAAUAAUCAGACCAUUCACCCCUUGGUCCAACUAA